CAGAUGUCAUACCUUCUGCCCCACCUGCAUUCGGGUUGGGCCGUCGAUCAGGCGAUCCUCGCCGAAAAAGAACGGGUGGUAGUCAUACGCUUCGGCCACGACUGGGACGAUAUCUGCAAGCAGAUGGAUGAGGUGCUGGCUAAAGUUGCAGAGACUAUAAAGAACUUUGCUGUCAUUUACCUGGUAGAUAUCACCGAGGUGCCCAACUUCAACACCUUGUAUGAGCUGUACGACCCCUCGACUGUCAUGUUCUUCUUCCGCAACAAGCGCAUGAUGAUUGCCUUGGGCACGAUAAACAACAACAAGAUCAACUGGGCUCUCAAGGACAAGCAGGAGUUUAUUGACAUCAUCGAGACUGUCUACAGGGGAGCAAGGAAAGGCCAAGGUCUGGUCAUUGCACCAAAGGAUUACUCAACUAGGUACCGAUAUUGAGUUUCUUCUGGGACGACCUGGUGUUGGUCUCAGCUAUUGGUUUGAUCAAACAAUGAAUUGUCUAUAUACAUUGGAAGUUAGCAAUGGAAUAGUCGGUUUGGAUUGAGGUUCAGGUGUCCUACAGAUGAGGCAACUGUGUAGUAAUCUCCUGUCCAAAAUUCUAUAAUAGAAUAUUCUUCCUUGCUGUAUAAUAGCUGUUUUAUUGGCAAUGAGGUAUUUAAUUAAUGGUGCAGACUGCCAACUCAAGUAAUUGGUAAAUGCAUCCACAAAUUUUGACCACCUCGUGG